AUGGAUCCUAAAGUGGAAGAUGCAUCAGAAACGCUGCCUCCACCACCACCUGCUAUACCCCCAGAUGUUGUUCCUUCAAAGGCUUCAGACGCCAAGAGGCUACCAAUGAACAGGCUUGGUCUUGCUUCCAGAGGGCAAAAGCUUCGAUUGCUAACCAACCAUUUCAAUGUUAAAGUAGCCAGAAAUGAGGGCUACUUUUACCACUACAGUGUGUCUAUUUCAUAUGAAGAUGGGCACCCAGUUGAUGCAAAGGGAGUUGGAAGGAGAAUACUUGACAAAGUCCAUGAAACAUAUGCAUCUGAGCUUGCUGGGAAAGACUUUGCUUAUGAUGGUGAGAAGAGCUUGUUUACCAUUGGUUCUCUUCCACGAAACAAGCUUGAGUUCACAGUUGUGUUGGAUGAAUUUGCUUCUAAUAGAAAUGUGGGUAGUGGGAGCCCAGAAGGAAAUUCUAGCCCAAAUGAGAGUGAUAAGAAAAGAUCGAAGCGUCAAGGUCGAUCUAAAACUUACAAAGUUGCGAUCAGCUAUGCUGCCAAAAUUCCAGUCCAAGCUAUUGCCAAUGUACUCAAUGGAAAAGAAACUGAACAUUUUCAAGAAGCUGUGAGAGUUCUGGAUAUCAUACUGCGACAGCAUGCUGCGAAACAGGGCUGCCUUCUGGUGCGUCAGUCAUUCUUCCACAAUCAGCCAAGAAACUUCACUGAUAUAGGAGGGGGUGUGUUGGGAUGCCGAGGAUUCCAUUCAAGUUUCCGAGCUACACAAGGGGGCCUUUCUCUCAACAUUGAUGUCUCAACUACGAUGAUUGUCCAACCUGGGCCAGUGAUAGAUUUUCUUCUUGCAAAUCAAAAUGUUAGAGAUCCUUAUCAGCUGGAUUGGGUAAAGGCUAAAAGGAUGCUGAAGAAUCUCAGGAUCACCACAAAACCUUCCAAUGCAGAGCAGAAAAUUACUGGGUUGAGCGAUAAGAUUUGCAGAGAACAAACAUUCUCAUUGAAGCAAAGAAAUGGAGAUGGUGAAACCCAACCUGUUGAACUCACAGUGCUGGAGUAUUUUGUUGAUCACCGGCAAAUUCCAUUACAGUAUUCUGGAGAUUUUCCAUGCAUCAAUGUUGGGAAACCAAAACGUCCAACUUUCAUUCCCAUCGAGCUUUGCUCACUGGUUUCGCUUCAACGUUACACCAAAUCUCUCUCGAAUCUUCAAAGGGCUUCCCUUGUGGAAAAAUCUCGUCAGAAGCCGCAGGAGAGGAUGAGAGUCUUGACUGAUGCACUGAGCGUUAGCAAUUAUAAUGCUGACCCUCUUCUGGGAAUUGCCGGGAUUUCAAUCAGCAAUCAGUUUACUUCGGUAGAAGGUCGUGUUUUAUCAGCUCCAAAGUUAAAAGUUGGCAAUGGAGAGGACUUGUUACCCCGCAAUGGAAGGUGGAACUUCAACAACAGGAAAUUGGUGCAACCUGUUAAAAUUGAGCGCUGGGCACUUGUGAACUUUUCUGCUCGCUGUGAUAUUCGUAGAUUGUGUGCAGACCUUGUUAAGUGUGGAGAAAUGAAAGGAAUUUUUAUUAGUAAUCCAUUUGACAUAAUUGAAGAAGGCCCUCAGCUUAGGCGUGCUCCUGCUCCUGUAAGAGUGGAAAGAAUGUUUGAGACUAUCAAGCAAAGACUCCCAGGACCACCUCAGUUCCUUCUCUGCAUUCUUCCGGAGAAAAAGAACUCAGAUGUCUAUGGCCCAUGGAAGCGGAAGAACCUUUCAGACGCUGGGAUAGUUACACAAUGCAUUGCACCUACCAAGAUCAAUGAUCAGUACCUCACUAACGUUCUCCUGAAAAUCAAUGCCAAGAUGGGUGGCAUCAAUUCCCUGUUAAAUGUUGAGCAAUCUCCUUCUAUCCCUAUUGUUUCCAAAGUUCCAACAAUUAUAAUAGGAAUGGAUGUGUCACAUGGCUCUCCUGGUCGUGCUGAUGUACCAUCGAUUGCAGCGGUGGUUAGUUCCAGACAGUGGCCACUGAUAUCCCGCUAUCGUGCUGUUGUCCGUACACAAUCACCAAAAACAGAGAUGAUAGAUUCCCUAUGUAAGAAGGUUUCCGGUAAAGAAGAUGAAGGAAUUUUCAGAGAGCUGCUUCUUGACUUCUAUACAAGUUCUGGCCAGAGGAAACCUGACCAGAUAAUAAUCUUUAGAGAUGGAGUAAGCGAGUCUCAGUUCAAUCAAGUUUUAAACAUCGAGUUGGAUCAGAUUAUAGAGGCUUGCAAAUUGCUAGAUGAAAGCUGGUCACCAAAGUUCAUGGUGGUAGUUGCUCAGAAGAAUCAUCAUACCAAGUUUUUCCAGGCCAAUUCCCCUGAUAAUGUUCCACCUGGUACAGUUAUUGACAAUGGGGUUUGUCACCCUAGAAGUAAUGAUUUCUAUAUGUGUGCUCAUGCCGGGAUGAUUGGUACCACCAGGCCUACCCACUAUCAUGUCCUGUAUGACGAACUUGGGUUCUCGGCUGAUGACCUUCAGGAGCUGGUGCAUUCUUUGUCCUACGUGUACCAGCGGAGCACUACAGCCAUUUCCAUAGUUGCUCCCAUAUGCUAUGCACAUCUUGCUGCUUCCCAAAUGUCGCAGUUCAUCAAGUUUGAUGAGUUGUCUGAGACAUCAUCUGGCCAUGGAGGGGUUUCUUCUGUUGGCAGUCUUUCAGUACCUCAGCUACCCAAGUUGCACAAAGAUGUCUGCAACUCUAUGUUCUUUUGCUAAUUGGAAGGCCUAAGAAUUUGGAGACACUUUUAUGAAUACACUUUUAGGUCGCAUGUUUCCAGAAAUUUUGCCUUGCUAACUGCAAUU